UCUGGGCAAGCUCCUACGAUAAACUCUUCUUUCUUCUUUCUCUGAUAACCUCAAUGGCCUAUUUCCAUGGAGUCCUUGGAUAGAAGACAUAAUUAUCUCUGGAACUUAACUUAGCAGGUUUUUUUUUUUCCUUCUUCCUAAUGGUUUUGUUUUGAACGACCAUUGCUUUCAUUCAAAUUCCUGAUCGCGAGAGAUUUGCAAUCGGGAUCAUCCCAUUCAAGCAGAUUGCUGGGACUAAGGAAGCAAUAGGAAGAUGCAGAAAUUGGGCGACUUUAAGCUUCCACAGUUCUUCAAUUACCCGCCAUAUUUCACCUUGCAGCCAGUGAGGGACACCAGGGAGAAACAGAUACAACUUUGGAAGGAACUUAUUCUGGAUUACUGUAGGACACAAAAGAUAUUUGUGGUUGGACUGGAAGAAGAGUUUCCUCUCUUCUCAAAUCCAGUGAUUGAAAGAUCUCUUAGUCAUGAAGCUAGGGAAGCAUUUCUCUCGGCAUUUUGUUCUUUUUCUCUCUUUUGGGGAGGGUGA